AUGAGUGCGGCAUGGAGGAAAAAAUUACCACAUAUUCAUAAAUCAGAAUGCUUAAGUGUUUAUAAAGGGUUAUUGAAAUGCUGUAACCGAUUUGUGGAGCCUGAAUACCGGUCCAUCCUUUCAGAAAUAGUACGAGCAAGGACCCGACAUUAUCAGCAUUUAACUAAUGCGUAUAAAGCCGAACACCUUUUACAAAAUGCCAAAAAAUACCGUGAACGACUUGAACUGGUUAACAAAGGUCAAUUGCCGGUGGAACAUACACGGAGGGAAAUACUAAAAAAAUUUAUAUCUUACUCAAAUCGAGGAAAACAAGAAAUCCCUACAAAACAAGAUCAGUGUUCAAAUUCAAAAUUACCAAAACCCCAAAAGUCAAUGUCUAUUCACGAUUAUGUUCGCGAUGGGAAACCUCUUUACCAUUUUGUUUUGACGACAGGAGGGGAUACUUUUUUACGUCCUAAGUACUGGCCCCAAAGUGAGCACAGAAGUAUGAUGUUGAAGAAUCGUAUCAAGACAAAAGAACAUAGACACCAACUUAUUCAAGCAAUGAAUCGUAUGGUCUAUCAUGCGUCUUUAGAAGACGACUUUCUCGAACCAUAUACAAAUGAGGACGUAGGCUUUGCGGAAUUCCUCACUGAGAAUGUUCACGAAAUUGGGAAAAAGCUUGAAGGAUCUUAUAAGCAGGGGUCUAAAGCAUGGCAUAUCACGAGCCAGUUAUAUAGAAUGAUUGUGAUGGAAUCUGAACGACAACGACUAGAAAAAAGGUAUUUCAAGACCUGGAAAAAUUUAAGAAGGAUAAGGCUUAGUCAUAAAUAA